AGAAAAUUGCUUCAUUCUAACUCACGAAGCGGAAGGCGGACGUGCACUCUUGAGUUUCCGGUGCCCUUGUGUAGCGACUUGAACAGACGACCAGGAUGUUCAGACAUAUACUCGCCUUCCAGCACGUGUCCCGGCGGACGGUGGCCAGCACUGCGCGCCGCCAGCUCGACAACAAGGUCCCACAGAACCAGAAGAAGUUCCAGGAGGACAAUGGCGUCCCCGUCCACCUGAAGGGAGGAACCGCCGAUGCCCUCUUGUACAGGACCACCAUGGUGCUGACUGUCAUGGGCGCGGGCUACGUGGUGUACGAGCUGGUGAAGGCCGCAUUCCCAAAGAAGAAUUAAAAAGGACUCCUCAAUGACCACCACUUAACACAACUUAACAAAACGACCAGAUGCAGUUUUAAUGUAUAACUACGGGUUUGUCUCCCCGGGACCCUCUUUUAUGUUCAUGGGAUCAAUAUUUAUCUGUAUCGCUUGGCCUCUAGCUGGGGAACAAUAAAGAGAUGCCUCAUUAGAAAACC